UUUCUUUUUUAUAUUUGCCGUAGUUCCUAACCAUGAGGUCCAGUCAACUCAUAUUCAUCACCUUCAGCUUGAUUCUGCUGGCAUCCCUGGUGCCAUUUAGUGUGGCACAAAAAUUCGAUCUCGAAAAGCUUAAAAGUUGCGCUGAUGUGGCAAUCAAAGCUGGCAAAUCCUUGGCCUCAAAGGCUAUACCAAGUCUCAAAAAACUCGCAAUCUGUGCUAAAUUUACUCCUUUAAAGACAAAGGAUCUCGAUAUUGUUGAGCUGGCGCUGAUGGGCUAUCAAUUCAUGCAAAAGAGUAUUGCCAACCAGAAAUGUCUCUUGAGCUGCUUAAAGGAAUCGUACGACAUGGUAACGCCAUAUUUGAACAAGAUUAUGCAAAUGAAGUGUUUGCCAUUUUAAAAGCUCAAAAGGUAAAGGCUAACCGUUAAGACUCCAUUUGUGAAUGUAAAAACCAAUUUUUUCAUCGAUAAAUAUAAGAGACAUGUGACAGCA